AUGCAUCCACAAGAAUACCCAGCUAUGCAAGAUUUGGCAGCAAUUGUGACCGUAACAUUUCGUCUGUUGCCUUCRGCAUCAGCAAAGGAGCGUCAACAAGCAUACCUGAGAAAGAGGCGAUUGUCGCAGCUUGUGGGGGAACGAACUACUGGAUCGGUGUACAGAAAUCCUCCUGGCAUGGGAGUUUCAACAGAGAAGGUUAUUGAGAAGGCUGGGCUGAAAGGCUUCAGAGUUGGCAAUGCAGAGGUUUCCAAAGUUCAUGCUAACUUCUUCAUCAAUACCGGCAGCUCAAAUUCUCGAGAGAUGCUUGAACUUAUUGGCUUGGUUAAGGCAAAAGUUAAAAAGGAAUUUGGAAUACAACUCCAAAAAGAAAUACAAUAUGUUGGUCCAUUCUGUAAAUAUUCACUAGUCGUGUCUCUGACCAAAAGCCAUUAG